GUCGUAUGAUAUGUGCACUAUGUGGCGCCAAAUACUAACCCAACUCCAGAAUUCAGCUGAUCUAUUGAUCGCAUUAGUAGUAUUGUGAUAUUAAAAUAAAGAUUAAAAAACAAUGGAUCUCGUUGAAAUUGAUUACCAUGAUUAUUUGGCUGAACUUACUGAUUUUAUUGGUGAGGGUAUUACGUGUUUCUUUGAAAAUGAUUGGGAAAAUCAUGUGAUGAUGUGGUACAAGAAUGAAGGUCGUAAAAAUAAGUACCAAACAAUCUACAUAGACGACAUACUUUUCAGAGUAGGAAAUGAUCUUAUAGUUCUAACUGAAGGAGCCUAUGAAAAAGAUCCACAUGUAGAUAUAAGUUCUAAUUUUGGAGGACGCUUAACAACACUUGCAGUUAUAGCUCGUUUUCUUGUUAAAGAUGGAAAAUUGAAAGGGAAAAUGAGAAUAUACAGUACUUCAAAGUCACCUAUCGAAACAACUUAUGAACUUUUUCUGAACAAUGCAGAAUUGAUACAAACAAUUGGAUUGAAAAUCUGUGGAGAUGGAUGGGACUUUGAUAAUUGCAAGUACAAAUUUGUCAAGAAUGAUUUGUCUUUCAAGUACUUUGACAACUCAAAGGAAAUCUCUGUUUUUACAAAAGAAUCAGACAUUCAUAAAAGAAAAUUAUUAGAACAAUCUAUGUUAGAAUACAUUACUAAAGAAUUGGGCCCAGCUCUUGAAAAUUACAUGGUAACUCAGCUCAGUAUAAAAUGUCUAGUAAGCAACAGUGUUGGUGCUGAUUACUCACUGAAAAACGUAUUAAGCAUUCACAACAAAAAACUACGUAAAGCAUUAAAAAAUCUAUCAGAAAAGAUAAUCUGCAUAACAAAUUCCUUACUUGUUAAAAAAUCUCCAAAAUUGAAAUACUCUGAAUUUUUUUGUCUAAUUGAAAAAAAUAAUGAAAUGAGUCUCAAAGUUUGUUCAGGUUGGAUAGAUCAGUUUGAUUCAUUAUCUUUCUUUCAGGAUAAAGAUGUUAUUGUUUCAAAUGAAGAGGACUUAGUUAUAGUCCAUGUUCCAGUUGAUUUUGGAAAUCUGAAGCUACACAUCACUGAACUCUCAAGUGACAGUCCUGUAAAUAAUAAAGAACAAACAUACAAAACGUCGAAUUCUUAUUUCAUCAUGUCACUGAAAAGAUUAAGUGAAAAUAAAGCAAAAAUUAACUUAGUAAGCUUCAAAGUACUCGACAUCACACCAAAAUCUAAAACACUAGUCAUUGUUGCAAUGGACCAUUUGAUAAAAUAUGCGAUAGAACAGCAUAUGAAACCAUUUUUAGAAGAAGCGAUGACGUAUAAUGAACUUCAAGAAUUGGCGAUCAAACCAGACGUAGAAAUAGAAUAUGAUUACGACAAUGAUUUAAUGGCUGAAGAUUCAGAGUCAGAAUAAACGGUGCUGGCAUCAGAAAUAUUAUAUAAUCUACGUACUUUUCUUAAGAUUUAAAAAACUUAUGAACGAUUGUUACAAAACUGGCAAUGGAGAAUCUAAAGAUUUAUUUAUA